UUUACAUUUUCCAGCAUUGUUCACGAAGUGAAUGAAAGUGAAAAUGAGUAAAAGACGUAUAAUUUACUUUGACGGCCGUGUGGCACCCAUUAAUUUGGAGUAUAACGAUCCAAAAAUAUAUUCGCAAUGCAAAAACUAUGACCAAAGUGGCAUUAGCUGUAAUUGGCACGAGUUUAGGAUAAACCACAAUGGCCUGCUGAACUACUUGAAGGAUUCCACGGAGACGAUACUGAAUAUCCUGUUUGCCGCCGUUGACGGCGAGGAGUUCUAUCCCGUGGCUUACCAGGCAGGCACAAAAUUUGAUACAUUCCUGGCACGUGCCUGCAGGCCAGCGUUGGACAAACUCUUUGCCCAAGGCCUAAAGCUGAGGGGUCCAAGUGGCGCUACUGUGCCAAUUACCGUGCAAUUCAACGUGGCCGCCUUUGAGCAGAACCAGAUCAGCCCGCAAACGCUUAUUUCGCAAGUGGUGAACCGUCUUAUGGACAGCUUAGAGCAACAUGGUGGCAUCAGCAACAUCCUCAAUCUCAGGGACUUUUCCUCCAAGCACUAUUUUAGGGAUGUGGUCGUUCGUCUCUCCAACGCAGCCACUUUCACGCAUCUGUGCAAUGCAAUCAAUCAGAACGAUCGUUUUUGUGCUGUGAAUGGCCUUAUAUUGGCGAGCAAUGGAAUUCGUAGCCUGAAGCCGUUGCAAAUCUUUGGAAGAGUGGAGUACGCUCUGCUCGAUCUUAGUAAUAAUCGGAUAAGGUCUGUAAAGCAAUUGUGCGAGGACUUGGCAAACAUCAAGGCUAACGAGUUGAAGCUGGAAAAUAACCCGAUAAUGAAAGAGAUUGGCAAAAGUCCCGACUGCUUGAAACCUUUGAUGUAUAAUUUCAAGUUGGUGGACGGCGACCCGAUUGACAAAAUGUAUAAGAACUAUAACCCAUUUAUCCACGAAAUAAAUGUACAAACCAAUGGGGAGCGCAUCGACAAAACAAAUAUGCCCGCUCUCCAGCUAUUUAAAGACAGCCCUGAUUGGCAUGCAUUUAUGAUUCCCGAUCCAAAGAGAGAGUUCAGCAAAGAUGUGAUAUUUGAUUACCUGUUCAUUUCUGUAGACCAAACGCUCAGCGAGUUCUAUCCCUGCUACUAUAUAUACCAGCAACAGGAACAUCGCUUUCUUGUGCGUAACUGUUUCGAUCAAAUACACAAUUUGGUGAAUAACUGCAGUUUGGAGCUGAAAAUACCGAAUCUGGUGGAUACGGAUGAUAUGCCGCAGAUCAUUUAUGAUCGCUCCAUUUCGUUUUAUCUUCUGAUGAAUGUGUGCACAUUCAAAAAGAGACACCUGGAUGUCAACUCGACCAUAGAAGAAGCACUUCAAAAGCGCUACAAUGCCAUGAACAGAGUGCUCGAUUUAGAGCAAUUCCAACAGGAUGAUACCUUAAAAAAUGUCGUCGUUCACAUGAGCUCCCCUAAAAUUACGCAUAAUAUUUUGACAAUUGCGUCUCGCAAGUUUAUCAGUAAUUGUUCCGAAAUACGUAUGUGCAACAACAAGAUUGUCAGCCUUUUAAGUGCACGCCCUCUGUCGUUAUUAAUUAGCCUGCAGGCUCUGGAUCUGGGACAUAAUUGGAUAUCCGAUCUAACCGAUAUUAAGUCGCUGAGAGUGUUGCAUCUCAAGUCUUUGCGUUUACAUGGAAAUCGGCUUUGUAACGCAUACCGCCUUCCUUGUGAGUACAUCGCAGCCGUGAAGGAACAUUUUCCUCAUUUAACCAAAUUGGAUGGCGUCGAUCUAGGCAGCAAACCUGGCCUGGCCCCUCAAAAAAAUUUCCUGGUCAAUACCGCUGCAUAUGAAUUGGUGGGCCUGCUCUUUCUUAAUACAUUCCUUCGGGAAUUUGAAAACCUGGAUGAUAGGUAUAAUCUAGAGAAAUUCUAUACGGAUCAUACCAUCUUCACCAUGACCUGCACUUGUACAGCAAAUAGGGACACGUCGAGUACGCAUAAAGCAGCUAUUAACAAAUUCACUGCGUACGCUCGCUGUGAAAAAAUGCAGCCUGGGUCUGCCAUCCAUUUUGGCUGGGCGAACAUUUUGCACAUAUAUAUGAAACUUCCUAAUGUUAAACACGACUUUUCGUCCUUGCAAACGGAUGUAAUGCACUACGAUUCAAAGUCGGCUGUAAUAUAUGUGACAGGCGUGCUACGUGACGCUGAGCCAGAAAAGGCAAAUGUACUGCAAGGGGAGCCUCUAAUCCUGGCUUUCAGUCGGCAAUUCAUACUGAAGGUGGAUGCUGAGGGCCAAGGCAUAUGCGGCAGAGCCAGACGCUAUAAAAUCACAAAUGAGCGCUUAAACAUUAUGAAAGCCUCGACAAAGCAAACUAAAACGUCUUUUAAGCUGGAUGCUUACUUUAAUAAUGGAAUGGAUGUGAAGGAUGAGGAAGAAUCCGUCGAUGUGAAGGAACACAAGCUGUUACUGUUUCAGGAAAUCACAGGCCUAUUGCAGGUGUGGUGCACCCGUUGUCUGGAAGAUGCGAAUUGGAAUUUCGAAGAAGCUCUCAAAAAUUUUCUAAAAAUGGAGGCCAGCAACGAGCUGUCAGAUAACUCCUUCCUAUAGUUGACGUCAAUCCUGACACAAUACAAAAUACAUUCGCAGCUGUUUAAUGACGCAGGCACACAUACGGCGAUUCAAGUUAAUAGCAGUUGAUAUCAGUUAGAUGUUCACAAUUCAUACCAAACUCUUAACGUAUCGGGAAUCUUUCGCGGAAUAAGCUCUACAACGCUAGUGAGCUUGUCAAGUGCCUUAACUACUAAGUUGAUAAUAUACAUACAUAUAUAAUACAUACAACGUGAGAGGCCUUUAGAGUUAUCUUUAAAACGAACAUUUAAUAGGUCUGGCACAAUAUUUUCAUGGAAAUUUUGCAAGAUUUUCCUUUUUCAAUGAGAGUAUAUCAAGGCGAAUUUUAAAAGAUAAUGUUAUUUCGGGGUUAAACUGUCAAAUAUAUGUAUAUUAGAUUACAAUUAAUGUCUGAUUUGUCUUUAUACGUCUGAGUGUUUCUA